GUCAAAAUUUUCAUAGGGCCUGGAUUUAAUACUUAUUGUCGUAAUUAUUUAAAUUAUGGGAUGAACAGUUUUAUUAAACAAUUUCUGUAAUUUCUACGAAAAAGGUUUUAGUUAGCAGUGAGAUAAAAUAUGGUAUAAAAUGUCUUCACCGUCUGCUAUAGUGUGCCGUGAAAUAUUCGAUGAAAAUAGUCAACCGUCGGCCGAUGAAAUAUCAGAAUAUGCUCAACAAUUGGGUAUUGAUCCAGAAAGUGAGAGCCAUCUCUUGCCAUUGGCCCGGGAAGGUCUUAUGCAAGCUCUACCACCUCCCUGGAAGGCAUAUUUUGAUGAAAAACUCCAAACUCACUACUAUUAUAAUGAAGAAACGAAAAAUACGCAAUGGGAACAUCCUCUAGAUACAGUUUAUAGAGACCUGGUGAAGAAAGCAAGAGAUGCCUCUAUGCAUGAUGACACUUGUGCUUCUGUGCAGGAACUACCAACUUCCGAGGAUAAUACAAAAAAUCUAGAGCGUGUUGAAACGAAAGUCGAAAGUGAUGAUGACGACCUAUCAACUGACAGCGAAAAUCAUCCGUCUGAUGUGAAAGAUGUUGUGAACGCCCAAAGACGUUUGACCCCACUCGGACGUCCUCCUCUAGCCCCACUAUCAAGACUAGACAAGAAAUUAAGCGAUUUAAGAAUAUCACCCUUAAGACGUAGUGUUGAUGGUCCAGUUUCCCCCAAGCCGGCGUUAGUUAGGAAUACCUCAGAUAGAGAUCUGUUAAGUCGACCGACUUUUGAAAGGCCAAAAAUGCUGUUCAAGCAACAAUCGGAGAUCAUCGACCUCAAGAUGCAUGUACUAAGUAGUCCAGAAGAGGAAAACUUCAGCCCUCUAUUAUCAACUGCUAAAAUAGAUAAAGGAUUGCCAUUUUCAGGUAAAGGCAAUAUGUUUAUGAGACUUUGUAAAUCAGAUUUGCCAAGUCCAGAUACAGAGAAGUCGUUGCCGGGUGAUUCUGUAACUAAAAGCGACCCACCAAAAGGUAUUCUUAGAGAAAAAUCUGAUUCCUUCCAAAGGAAACAUGAGAGUGCUAUCCUGGGAAGACCGAAACAGACUUAUAGUUUUGAUGAAGACAAGAAAAGUGUCAGAUUCAAAUUAGAAAACGUUCCAGAACCUACCAUUAGUCCGGGAUCUAACAGUUCAUCAGAUCAAAAUGAAGGACAAAGUUCAAUAAUAAGUGCUCCACCCAUUUCCAUACCAUCAACACUUGGACCCUUAUCACCUAUCAUACCUUCAUCACCUAUUGUACCUUCCCCUGUCGUGUCCUCCCCUGUACCAGUAUCACCAAGUCCAAACCCUGUGCCUUUAUUGAAUACUGUUCAUCUAUCACCUUUAGUAGCCAGACCUCCUUUGCCACCGAGACCACAUAUUACAGAAAGUCCAAGAGAACCCAAAAGUAGCUCGGAAAAAGAUUCAUUUGAUGGUGAUAUGCGGGAAAAAUCACCAAGAAGACGUAUUUUGAAACCAUCGCCGUCAGAUUACAUUAAGCCGGAUUUAUUUCAAAAGAACUUCCAGAAGAUAUCUGAUCUGGUCCGUAGAGAUGGGGAUUCUACUCCUGUCAGUAUUGAGGAACCGUCUUCUGAUAAGGAGGGUAGACCGAGAUCACCUAUGAUACCACAGAAAAAUAAAAUAUCCAUAAACCUAAUGGAAAGCAUAGAUUCAGAAACAUCAAUCGAUUCUCCCGAUAGAGAAUUCGCUAAUAUCGAUCUUAACGAUCUAGAUGAUUCGAACGAAAUCCACGAAAGUCAAAAGAAAGAUAAACUCGAUAUUGAUAAUGAAAAAAGUCCCAAAGAAAGUGAGGAUUCCAUACAAAAUCAUUGCAAAUCCUCAGAACCUAGUCCGAUCAGACCUCAGAGAAUUUCAGACAUGCCAAUCCCACAAAUAAAAGUGCCUAAAUUAGAUUUCCUGUCUAAACAAACUAAAUUCACGCAUUCCGAUUCAGAAGAUUCUAGAAAAUCUUCCAAUAGAGAAGAUGUUAAAACAACACCUAGAUCUAACAGCAUUGAUAUACCUAAAGAUAUGAAAACUCAAAUUAAAUUAUCUCCUACACCUAGUUUAGGUUCUGAUAGACCUAGGUUAGAUUUUAGUAAAACUUUUUCACCACUUUCGACUUUCAAACCUUUAAAAUUGAAUGCAAAUAAAUCAUCAGAUUCUGUAAAUCUAGGUAAAACAAGUCCUAGAUUAGACGGAGUUAUAAUAUCUCAAGGAAAAAGUAGUUCAGAUAAUGUUGUUGUUGUCUACCAAUUUGAAACUCAGGAAGAAAGUUGUCCGAAACCAAUUAAAUCUCCUUUAGUACCUGAUAUGGGUACGAGAGAUUUUAUCGAAAGAAAUAAAAACGAUGAAAAGAGAAGAUUGGAGUUAUCAAUGCAAAAAGAGUUGGAGAUAAUAAGAAUGGAGUGGUCCGCUAAAGAGAAGAAAAUGAGGGCAGAGUUACAAGAAGAGAUAAAGGAAGCGGAACAGAAGUUUUUGACUGAAAAGAGAGUAAGACUUAAUGAACAGGCUGAUCGACAUAAAAAGGACAUGGAAGAGGCGUUAUCUUCAGCUGAACGUAAUCACCAGCAAAAGUUAGAGGAAUCACUCAAAGAGUUAGAGAGAAGACAUGAGAAUGAAGUGACGUCAGCGGAGAGACAGCACUUGGACAACAUGGCGCGGCUGCGGGAAGAAUAUAAGAUUAAAUUAGCUGAUGAAACUGAGAGUUUGGAAAUUGAUAAUGAACGAGCACUCUGUGAAGUUAGAGAACAGUUACAAAUGAAUCUGAACAGAGAGAGAACGCGGAUGAUAGAAGAGAACAGAGCUACUAUAGAAACUCUGCGAGAAGAACAUACGACAAGAAUUACUGAACUAAGGCAUGACUAUCGAGCUGAGGUGGAUAGGCUACGGUCGCAGCACGCGUGCCACGUGGAGGAGUUGCGUGCGCGGCUGGCGGGCGAGCGCGCGGCCGCCCGCGCCGCGCCGCACGACCGCGACCGCGACCGCGCGCUGCACGACAAGUACCGCUGCCUCAAGGAGAAGUACGCACGACUCAAACAUGACGUCAAGAUGUCGAUAGAACGUCGCAACAAGCGCCGUGAGAUGAGCAUGACUACCGGCUCUGAAACUGAGAAAUCUAACUCGCACAAAGCAACGCAGUCUAUUGACAAAUGUAAAGAGGCGAAUGAGAAGAGUGCGAUGGAGGCGGAGCCGCGCGCGCGACGCAACAACAACGUCCGCUGCGACAACGAAACAUCCGCCUCCGAGAGUCAUGCGCAUAAAUCUGAUAAUAACAACGACUGCAGACUGAAAACUAAUUUAUUACCAUCAGCGGAGUCUUCUCUGACGUCGGGGGCGAAGGCCCCGCGGCGCCGCGCCGCAGUGGCGUUCCGCGAGCCACCGCGCGCGCACAGAGAUAGAGGAGAUACUGGUAAUGAGUUACAACGGACUACCAAGACUCUUCCGACGCAACAACAGCAGAUGAAAAGCCCAAAGAAACAAUUAAUGGACACGGUCGUCGGCGGUGCUUCACUAGAUUAAAGUCUGCCUCCACUUCUAGACUUAAUUACUCACCCAAGCGCGGUGAAGGCUGGUCCAGUCCGUUGGAAUCUCUUCGCCAGCAGCUCCGGAAGCUGGAUGACCUGGAAGACCAGUUCCCGGACUUAGC